AUGCAAAAAGAGAGAAAAGUCAAUGAUAAAGUCAGAUUUACCGAGAAGACCCUCAGUACUCAGCUAAUGAAUGCAGCCAAGCAUCACAUUGAGUCCUUCGACUAUGCUAUGCAAGUUUGCCUUCCCAGAAUAUGCUCGCAAUUGCUAGCAGCAGAGAUUAGUGCACCUACUGAAGCCGAGUUAGCAAGAAAUAAAAAUGCUGCUAACACGCAAUACCCCUUCAAGAAGAUGCUCAUUUGGAAGCCCGCAAGGUAGGAUCAAUCAAGUGGCCUAAUCACCUAUUCUCAAGGAUCAGCAUCAGGCAAAGGAAGUCAAGAUGGAGAUAAAGUUUACCCAUCAGAGUGCAGACUUAGAUCUCUGACUUAUGCAGCACCCUUAUACGCCACUAUAGCGAGAAAGAUAGACAAUGAGCCUGAAGAAAAAGUUACAGUCCCAUUAGGCGAUGUCCCAGUCAUGGUUAGAUCAGAGAACUGUCAUUUGCAUGCACUUACUGAGCAGGAGUUAGUUAAAAGGCAUGAGGAUAUGGCUGAACUAGGAGGUUAUUUCAUUAUCAAUGGCAAUGAAAGAAUCGUGAGAAUGCUCAUCAUGACCAAGAGAAACUACCCAGUUGCCUUCUCAAGACCAACAUUCAUCAACAGAGGAAAGCUCUUCACUCCAUUCGCAGUUCAGAUGAGAUGUGUAAGAGACGACUUAUUUGCUUAGACACUUACACUACAUUAUCUCAGUGAUGGCAAUUGCUCAAUGAGACUUAUUUAUCAAAAGCAAGAGUUUCUUAUUCCAGCUUAUGUCAUCCUAAAGGCACUAGUAGAUGUGACUGAUGUGCAGAUCUACAACAAACUCGUGAAAGGGUACUUCAAGAAUAGAUAGAUUGGAGACAGAGUAGAGGUGCUACUCUAAGACGGAAAUAAACUCAGUCUCUACUCUUAAAACCAAUGUCUGGCUUAUUUAGGAUCUAGAUUUAGAAUGGCUUUGGUAGGAGUUCAAUCAGAUAUGUCAGAUGUCGAUGUUGGUAACUUCUUUAUUCAGAGACACUUAUUCGUUCAUACUUAGUCUUACAAGGACAAGUUCAACACCCUCUGCAUUAUGAUUGAGAAGUUAUAUGCUGUCGUGGCUUAAGAAUGUGAACUUGAUAACUUAGAUUCCCCAUCAAACCAAGAAGUGCUUCUCAGUGGUCACUUAUAUGCUUCUCUUCUGGCUGAGAAACUUCAGGAUCUGCUUUUAGGGGCUAAGGCGAAAAUUGUUAGAGAUCUAAGAAACCCUAACUUUGAUAGACUUCAGAUUAGAAAUCCUUUGUACAUGAAAAAGAUGAUUGAUUCACAAGUAUCAGUAGGUAAAAAGAUGGAGCAUUUCCUUGCUACAGGUAAUCUCAUUUCCAGAACAAAUCUCGAUUUAAUGCAGACUGCUGGUUAUACUAUUGUCGCAGAUAAACUAAACAAUCACAGGUACUUAUCUCAUUUCAGAUCAAUUCACAGAGGACAGUACUUCGCUGAAAUGAAGACCACUACUGUUAGAAAGCUGCUGCCAGAAGCCUGGGGAUUCUUAUGCCCAGUGCACACUCCAGAUGGUGGACCCUGCGGUCUAUUGAAUCAUAUCACAUCAUCAUGCAUACCAUUGGCUAAAGAGGAUGGAGAGUUAUGCAGACAUGGUGAAAAACUCAAAAACUUUAAGGCUCUUCUAGCUUAACUAGGUAUGAACCCAGUGUCAAGUGAUUUCGGCCUCAUCUACCCAAAUAAAUAUCUUCCAAUAAUGCUGGAUGGAGUACUACUAGGAUGUGUAGACCCUUAAAUUGCCCCUGAGCUGGUCAGAUCCCUUAGAGCUCUGAAGAUACAACAACUAAAUACAAGUGCACUCUAUGAAUCAGUUCCAAAGACACUUGAAGUAGCCUUCCUUCCUCCGACUUUCCCACCUGAAGAUGAUACUACUAACGGAGAGCAAGAAGUUCAAUCUAAUCAGAAAGGUCACAAAAAUAAAUUCUUCCCAGGUAUCUUUAUGACAUCAUCAGUAGCUAGAUUUGUGAGACCAGUCUAGAAUCUAGAAGUAGGAGGUGUUGAAUGGAUCGGACCUUUGGAAUAAGUCAACUUAUCUAUUGCUUGUCUCGAAGAAGACAUUAGAACAGACACCACUCAUCAGGAAAUAGAUCCAAUCAAUGUGCUAAGUAUGAUAGCCUCAACCAUUCCAUUUGCAGAUUACAAUCAGUCACCCAGAAACAUGUAUCAGUGCUAAAUGGCAAAACAAACAAUGGGGACUCCUUAUCACAAUCAUCCCUACAGAAUGGACAAUAAAGUUUACAGAAUUCUGUUCCCUCAGGAGCCACUAGUCAGAACAGAGAAUUACAACAAUUAUGAUUUCAGAUAAUACCCUUCAGGAACGAAUGCAGUAGUAGCAGUUAUUUCCUACACAGGAUAUGACAUGGAAGACGCUAUGAUUAUUAAUAAGAGUGCCUAUGAGAGAGGCUUCGGCCAUGGCUGUGUCUACAAGUCCUACAUCAAAGAACUAAACGAGCAAGUCAUGGGCGGCUCAUCAUCAAGCAAGUCGAGAUAUAGAAUGAUUAACCAGAACAAGUAUCGUGAGGAUGCAAGAAUAGAUCUAGCUGAGAAGAAUAUAGAUUCAGAUGGUACUCCUUAGAUUGGAUUGAAACUGACUCACGGCUCGCCAGAGCUAUGCGUCUAUGAUACAGUACUAGGCAAGCCUAAGUACAUGAGUUUCAAGGAUAACGAACCAGCAAGAGUUGAGAAUGUAAGACUGAUGGGAGAUGAAAAGGGUUCAGCCAACAAUGUCAACUAUGGAUACACCAUUAGAUACUCUAGAAAUCCAGUAAUCGGAGAUAAAUUCAGUAGUCGUCACGGUCAGAAGGGAGUCUUGUCAGUUCUCUGGCCUCAAGAGGACAUGCCUUUCACUGAGAGUGGUAUCUCUCCAGAUAUCAUUAUCAACCCCCACGCCUUCCCUUCUAGAAUGACUAUUGGUAUGUUGAUUGAGUCUAUUGCUGGUAAAUCAGGUUCUAACUCUGGUCAAUUCAAGACUGUAAAGACCUUUGAAAAGUACGAAGACGACGAUGUAGUUUAGUACUUCGGACAAGAAUUACUAAAGCAGGGCUACAACUACUAUGGAACCGAGACUAUGUAUUCUGGAAUAUUCGGAGAUCAAAUGAAGGUAGAUAUCUUCUUGGGAGUAGUAUACUAUCAACGUUUAAGACAUAUGGUCUCAGAUAAAAGUCAAGCUCGUGCCACAGGACCAUACGAUGUGCUCACUCAUCAACCAGUCAAGGGUAGAAAGAAGCAAGGAGGUAUCAGAUUCGGAGAGAUGGAGAGAGAUUCUUUGUUGGCUCAUGGUGCCUCUUUUUGUCUUAAUGACAGGCUUAUGAAGUGCUCAGAUUAUAGUGAAGGCUACGUUUGCAAGAAAUGUGGAAGUAUUAUCAGUUGCUACUUAAACAGAGAAAUUCUUAAGAAUCAGAGCAGUGUUGGAGCCAAUCAAUAGAAGUAUGCUGUUAAUGAGAGAGUGUACUGCAGAGUAUGCGAUGACUACGACUGUAGAAAAGUCCAAAUUCCAUACGUGCUUAGAUAUCUCACCAAUGAACUAGCUGCUAUGAAUAUCAAACUUCAAUUCCACUUGGAGCCAGCUGUCUGA